CUCCCCUCUUUACCCGUGUACGGUCAUGUCCUGCCCCGCAGCUUCGCCCCCCCACUCCCCACACAACCACAUCCGGCACACCACAGCCUACGCCAGACCGCCACAGCAGCACCGACCAGCAAACCGCGCGUGUAAUCGACGAAGAGACAGAUGGUUACCUCAACCAACACCCACCUGGCGCUCCUUGCACUCCUUCUCGGCACGCAGCAAGGAGAGUGCCACCGCUACCGCACCCACGGCGGGCACCACCACCACCAUGGUCGACGCCAGUUCCAGCUGCCCACGGUAGUGAGCAGCGAGAUAGUGGACACUGGGGCGUUCAGGCCGUUCCGACACGUGCAGCCGCGUGGUCGGCCGCACGUGAGCUCUGCUGGACCCCUCAUGGACGUGUUCCAAGACGUGAUGGGCGAGAUCAAGAAGGUCGCUUGCGAGUUCUCGGACACAACGACCGAUGCGCGGAGCCCGCCCUACGAAGUCCUGGAGACCCCCGACGCCGCCACGCUCAUCGUAGACCUUCCGGGGUGCAAGAAGGAAGACGUCGACGCACAGGUCUCCGAAGACUCCGGCACGAAGACGCUCACGAUCACGGCGGUGAGAAAGAAGCCACGCCACGCCGACGGUAACGCCAGGUCACCGUCGUCGCCGCCUGACACAUCAGGGUCUACCGAUGGCAACAGCGCGGCAUCCACUACGGGUGUGGCGGAUGCUGCCGCGCCUCACGAGGCAGGCAAGGACAAGCCUGAAUCUUCUCUGUCUUCCUUUUCGGAGGAGAGCUUCAAGCUGUCGUUCCAGAUUGGAGACGAUAUCGACGUGUCCGUCAUCCGUGGCGGCCUGGAGGACGGCGUUCUGACGCUCGUGCUGCCCAAGCUAACCCCGGAACCACCUGCGGAGCCAAUCGACAUCCCGAUCGACUUUACUAGCUCUACCAGAAGCAACACCGGGACUGGGGAGGCGGGAAGGGAACGCCAGGCCGCCGCUUCGAUCGGGCGUAAUGAGGAAUCAAUCGGCGACGCCGGUGGCGACGCUGACACACACAUCAGCCUAGCGUGACGUUGAAACUUGGACUCUCACUCUUGUCUUCGGCGGUGGGACGACCACUCGUCUUACUCGUUAAUUUGAUCGUUGUAAGAGAAAUGAGCGACGAGUGUUAUGUGUGUGACCGAUCAACGCUGAGAUGUUUCGAGGAGUGCUUGUAUAGGAAAAUGUGUUGCUGUUGUCGUUCCCGUGAAGAGAGAGUUGUCGGAACGGUUUUUCAGACGUCGACAGAGAUGUAUCAUUAGUAUUAAGCGGCGAGUGUAUUGGUUGGUUCUUCAUGCCAGCCGUGGAAAUUUGAGCCCCCUCCCUCUGCAACGCGCGGGCAGGAUGUAGAUGCACCGUCCAAAACUAGGGGACAAAUGGUUGUCUGGGUGAUGGGUGUUUGACUCGUACUUCAACGUUCGAACGUUCCCCUCGUGACAUGUACCUGGUGGUAAUAAUUUCGCCAGUCUCACGAGCGUUUGAGUCAUUGGUGCGAGAUAAGUGUGUUGUUUCGGUGUUGUUCAUAUUUUUGUACUCUGCAGACAUCAUGCACACGAGGCAUCGGCAAUUUUUUAGCACGUCGGUGUUGUCCGUGCUGUCGGCGAGAGCUCCUUACUCCAGCCACAUGACAUGAGCAACAAAAUUAGGACGACUUUGGUCGAGAAAACGUUGGAUGUCUGUUGGGGUAAAUCUUGCUCAAGCUGCGAGGCAUGAUCGAACGUUGGUGAUCGAAUGAGAGGGUACAACUGGCUGCUCAAUCGGCAGGAAUUUGGACGGGCUCUUCCUGAGAUUGCCAUGCCAAAAUCAGUGUGCAUCGCAUCGUGAAUACACAU